CUUUUGACUGGGCCAUGCUUAUGACCAGGAAAGUCAAUUUGAGAUCCUCCAUACGAGUGGGACGAUUCCACCUCCGGCUCAGAUGGCUACCAGAAUCCAACCCGUAACGUCUAUCUUCAUAUUCAUUCUGCUCUUCACGGGGUCGGGUAUAGGGAGUUUGGGGCAACAGUAUCAGUUAGUAGUGAGCACCUGGCCCUUCGUGGAGGCUGUUAGGGCUGCUUGGAGGGCUGUUGAUAAUGGGUCUUCUGCCGUGGAAGCCGUCGUGGAGGGUUGCUCUGCUUGUGAGGAGUUACGGUGUGAUGGCACAGUGGGGCCUGGUGGAAGUCCAGAUGAGAAUGGAGAAACUACAAUUGAUGCCAUGGUCAUGAAUGGGGUGACUAUGGAGGUUGGGGCUGUUGCUGCCAUGAGAUACGUGAAAGAUGGAAUCAGAGCUGCGAGAUUGGUCAUGCAACAUACUAAGCACACUUUGCUUGCUGGGGAGAAGGCCUCAGAUUUUGCCAUUUCAAUGGGUCUCCCAGGACCCACAAACCUUAGUUCAUUGGAGUCUAUAGAGAAGUGGAAAAAAUGGAAGAAGGAUAGAUGCCAACCUAAUUUUUGGAAAGACGUGGUAUCUGCUGACCGUUGUGGCCCGUAUCAUCCAAAAAAUGAUACACAACACAGUAUGGGGGCAUGUUCCAAUGUGGAUCUGAUGGGAACUAUGAAUGCUAGGUCAUUUCAUUUCGGUCAUCACAGCCAUGACACUAUAUCAAUGGCCGUUAUUGACAAAAUGGGGCAUGUUGCUGUUGGCACAUCAACUAAUGGAGCCACUUUUAAAAUCCCUGGCAGGGUGGGAGAUGGACCCAUUGCAGGAUCUUCAGCAUAUGCUGAUGCUGAAGUUGGUGCUUGUGGUGCAACCGGAGAUGGCGACAUCAUGAUGCGCUUCCUUCCUUGUUACCAAGUCGUGGAGAGUAUGAGACAAGGAAUGGACCCUAAGCUUGCAGCCAAGGAUGCGAUAUCGAGAAUUGCAAGAAAAUUUCCUGACUUUAUAGGUGCUGUUUUUGCUGUCAAUAAAACUGGUGUACAUGCUGGUGCUUGUCAUGGAUGGACAUUUCAAUAUUCAGUCAGAAGCCCGGAAAUGCAUGACGUUCAGGUUUUCACAGUGUUGCCCUGAAUUGGCAAUAACCAUGGUGCCACCUCCGUUACAUGCUAUGUAGAUGACCAGCAUUCAAGCUGUCUGUGUAGGAUCAGCGGUUAAAUUGGACCAAAUGACUCUGCUGCGCGGCAGUCGGGAGAAGAGUCCGUCGUAGAAUUGAACAACAUUCAGUGGACAAAGCGGACUGUACGAUAAUGAGAAUACAUGAAUUGAUUCUUGUGUAAUAUUUCGUUUAGAUUUCAUUGUCUUUUCUUUUAGCUUCUCUUAUAGUUUUUCAUUGAUGUAAGGUUUCAUACGGACCGCCCAGAAUACUAUGCAGCACGAACAUUGGAGUGAGGAAACAUGACAUGGGCCCUGUGACAGGCCUUUAGGUGAAGGAUGAAAUUGGGCCUGGGCUUGCUGAGUUAGUGAGCAAGAGUUUUAUGGGCCUAAUUGAUUUUCUAUGGGCUUAAGAUUGACUAGCAA